UCGCGGAGAUCGACGCGGGGCAGUCAGACGACAGCGGUCCUGCGAGGCGCCGGCGCACACCCGAGCCUCUCCCCGUCCUCGGCAGCCGCCACCGCCGGCUCGUCGCCCUGCCCUGGCCUCCCGCACUCCCGCCUUCCGCUCGCCGCUGGCCUGAUGCGGAGCAGGGCCGCUGCGUGAUGGGGCUGCGGAGCGGCGCCCUGCGGCUCGCGGCGGCCGCUGCUCGCGCUGAGGUGCGUCGGUGCCCGGUCCCCCGCGCCCCCGCGCGCCGGGGCGCCUGCUGACCCGGCCCGCAGCCCGUCGGUCCGCAGCGCGGCUGAGGAAACUUGAAUAUAACUUCAAAGGAAGAUUUGAUUUUUUAUUUGUGGAUUGCGUAUAUAUAACAAGGCCAUCAAAAUGUCGGGAGCCUCAGUGAAGGUGGCUGUCCGGGUGAGGCCUUUCAAUUCUCGGGAGACCAGCAAGGAGUCCAAAUGCAUCAUUCAGAUGCAAGGCAACUCGACCAGUAUUAUCAACCCAAAGAACCCAAAGGAAGCUCCAAAGUCCUUCAGCUUCGACUACUCCUACUGGUCUCACACCUCGCCGGAAGAUCCCUGUUUUGCAUCUCAAAACCGUGUGUACAAUGACAUUGGAAAGGAAAUGCUCUUACAUGCCUUUGAGGGAUACAAUGUCUGUAUUUUUGCCUAUGGGCAGACUGGUGCUGGGAAAUCUUAUACAAUGAUGGGUAAACAAGAAGAAAGCCAGGCUGGCAUCAUUCCCCAGUUAUGUGAAGAACUAUUUGAGAAAAUCAAUGACAACUGUAAUGAAGAAAUGUCCUACUCUGUAGAGGUAAGCUACAUGGAAAUUUACUGUGAGAGAGUACGAGAUUUGCUAAAUCCAAAAAACAAGGGUAAUUUGCGUGUGCGUGAACACCCUCUUCUUGGGCCCUAUGUGGAGGAUCUAUCGAAGUUGGCAGUCACUUCUUACACAGACAUUGCUGACCUCAUGGAUGCUGGGAACAAGGCCAGGACAGUGGCAGCUACCAACAUGAAUGAAACAAGUAGCCGUUCCCAUGCUGUGUUUACCAUUGUUUUCACCCAGAAGAAACAUGAUGCUGAGACCAACCUUUCCACUGAGAAGGUCAGUAAAAUCAGCUUGGUGGAUCUAGCAGGAAGUGAAAGAGCUGAUUCAACUGGUGCCAAAGGGACUCGAUUAAAGGAAGGAGCAAAUAUUAAUAAGUCUCUUACAACUUUGGGCAAAGUCAUUUCAGCCUUGGCAGAGGUGGAUAACUGCACCAGCAAGAGUAAAAAGAAGAAGAAAACUGACUUUAUUCCUUACAGAGAUUCUGUACUUACUUGGCUCCUUCGAGAAAAUCUAGGUGGCAAUUCUCGGACUGCAAUGGUUGCUGCUCUGAGCCCAGCAGAUAUCAACUAUGAUGAAACUUUGAGCACUCUGAGAUAUGCAGAUCGUGCAAAGCAAAUUAAAUGCAAUGCUGUUAUCAAUGAGGACCCCAAUGCCAAACUGGUCCGUGAAUUAAAGGAGGAGGUGACACGGCUCAAGGACCUUCUUCGUGCUCAGGGGCUGGGAGAUAUUAUUGACAUUGAUCCGUUGAUCGAUGAUUACUCUGGAAGUGGAGGCAAAUAUCUGAAAGAUUUUCAGAACAAUAAGCAUAGGUACUUGCUAGCCUCUGAGAAUCAACGCCCUGGCCAUUUUUCCACAGCAUCCAUGGGGUCCCUCACUUCAUCCCCAUCUUCCUGCUCACUCAGUAGUCAAGUGGGCUUGACGUCUGUGACCAGUAUUCAGGAGAGGAUCAUGUCUACACCUGGAGGAGAGGAAGCCAUUGAACGUCUAAAGGAAUCAGAGAAGAUCAUUGCUGAAUUGAAUGAAACCUGGGAAGAGAAACUUCGUAAAACAGAGGCUAUCAGAAUGGAGAGAGAGGCCUUGUUGGCUGAGAUGGGAGUUGCCAUUCGGGAAGAUGGAGGAACCCUAGGGGUUUUCUCACCUAAAAAGACCCCACAUCUUGUUAACCUCAAUGAAGACCCACUAAUGUCUGAGUGCCUGCUUUAUUACAUCAAAGAUGGAAUUACAAGGGUUGGCCAAGCAGAUGCUGAGCGGCGCCAAGACAUAGUGCUGAGUGGGGCUCACAUUAAAGAAGAGCAUUGUAUCUUCCGGAGCGAGAGAAGCAACAGUGGUGAAGUUAUCGUGACUCUAGAGCCCUGUGAGCGCUCAGAAACCUACGUAAAUGGCAAGAGGGUGGCCCAGCCUGUUCAGCUGCGCUCAGGAAACCGUAUCAUCAUGGGUAAAAACCAUGUUUUCCGUUUUAACCACCCUGAGCAAGCACGAGCUGAACGGGAAAAAACUCCUUCUGCUGAAACCCCUUCUGAGCCUGUGGACUGGACGUUUGCUCAGAGAGAGCUUCUGGAAAAACAAGGAAUUGAUAUGAAACAGGAGAUGGAGAAAAGGCUACAGGAGAUGGAGAUAUUAUACAAAAAAGAGAAGGAAGAAGCAGAUCUUCUUUUGGAGCAGCAGAGACUGGACUAUGAGAGUAAAUUGCAGGCCUUGCAGAAGCAGGUUGAGACCAGAUCCCUAGCUGCAGAAACAACUGAAGAGGAAGAAGAGGAGGAAGAAGUUCCUUGGACACAGCAUGAAUUUGAGUUGGCCCAGUGGGCCUUCCGGAAAUGGAAGUCUCACCAGUUUACUUCAUUAAGGGACUUACUCUGGGGCAAUGCUGUGUACCUAAAGGAGGCUAACGCCAUCAGCGUGGAACUGAAGAAGAAGGUGCAGUUUCAGUUUGUGCUGCUGACUGACACGUUGUACUCCCCUUUGCCUCCCGAAUUACUUCCCACUGAGAUGGAAAAAACUCAUGAGGAUAGGCCUUUCCCUCGUACAGUGGUGGCAGUAGAAGUUCAGGAUUUGAAGAAUGGAGCAACACAUUAUUGGUCUUUGGAGAAACUCAAGCAGAGGCUGGAUCUGAUGCGAGAGAUGUAUGACAGGGCAGGGGAGAUGGCCUCCAGUGCCCAAGACGAAAGCGACACCACUGUAACUGGCAGCGAUCCGUUCUAUGAUCGGUUCCACUGGUUCAAACUUGUCGGGAGCUCCCCCAUUUUCCACGGCUGUGUGAAUGAGCGCCUUGCCGACCGCACGCCCUCCCCCACUUUUUCCACGGCCGAUUCCGACAUCACUGAGCUGGCUGACGAGCAGCAAGAUGAGAUGGAGGAUUUUGAUGAUGAGGCAUUCGUGGAUGACACCGGCUCUGACGCAGGGACGGAGGAGGGAUCAGAUCUCUUCAGUGACGGGCAUGACCCGUUUUACGACCGAUCCCCUUGGUUCAUUUUAGUGGGAAGGGCAUUUGUUUACCUGAGCAAUCUGCUGUACCCUGUGCCCCUGAUCCACAAAGUGGCCAUUGUCAGUGAGAAGGGGGAAGUGCGGGGAUUUCUGCGUGUGGCUGUACAGGCCAUUGCAGCGGAUGAAGAGGCUCCUGAUUAUGGCUCCGGAAUUCGACAGUCAGGAACAGCCAAAAUAUCCUUUGAUAAUGAGUACUUUAAUCAGAGUGACUUUUCUUCUGCUGUUGCAAUGACUCGUGCCGGUCUGUCUUUGGAGGAACUGAGGAUUGUGGAAGGACAGGGUCAGAGUUCUGAGGUCAUCACUCCACCAGAAGAAAUAAAUCGAAUGAAUGACUUGGAUUUGAAGUCAAGCACUUUGCUGGAUGGUAAGAUGGUAAUGGAAGGGUUUUCUGAAGAGAUUGGCAACCACCUGAAACUGGGCAGUGCCUUCACUUUCCGGGUAACAGUGUUGCAGGCCAGUGGAAUUCUCCCAGAGUAUGCAGAUAUCUUCUGUCAGUUCAAUUUUUUGCAUCGCCACGAUGAAGCAUUCUCCACUGAACCCCUCAAAAACAAUGGCAGAGGAAGUCCCCUGGGCUUUUAUCAUGUGCAGAAUAUUGCAGUGGAGAUCACAGAAUCCUUUGUGGAUUACAUCAGGACCAAGCCUAUUGUGUUUGAGGUCUUUGGACACUAUCAGCAGCACCCACUUCACCUGCAAGGACAGGAGCUUGGCAGCCCACCUCAGCCAUCUCGACGAUACUUCCCUCCACCCAUGCCACUGUCCAAGCCAGUUCCAGCCACCAAGUUAAACACCAUGAGCAAAACCAGCCUUGGCCAGAGCAUGAGCAAGUAUGACCUCCUGGUUUGGUUUGAGAUCAGUGAAUUGGAGCCUACGGGAGAGUAUAUCCCAGCUGUGGUUGACCAUACAGCAGGCUUGCCUUGCCAGGGGACAUUUUUGCUUCAUCAGGGCAUCCAGCGAAGGAUCACAAUGACCAUUAUCCAUGAGAAGGGGAGUGAGCUCCACUGGAAAGAUGUUCGAGAACUGGUGGUAGGCCGGAUUAGGAAUAAGCCUGAGGUGGAUGAGGCUGCAGUUGAUGCUAUCCUCUCCUUAAAUAUUAUUUCUGCCAAGUACCUGAAGUCUUCCCACAACUCCAGCAGGACCUUCUACCGCUUUGAGGCUGUAUGGGACAGCUCUCUACAUAACUCUCUUCUUCUGAACCGAGUGACACCCUAUGGAGAAAAGAUCUACAUGACCUUGUCGGCCUACCUAGAGCUGGAUCAUUGCAUCCAGCCAGCUGUCAUCACCAAGGAUGUGUGCAUGGUCUUCUACUCCCGGGAUGCCAAGAUCACACCGCCACGCUCUCUGCGAAGCCUCUUUGGCAGCGGCUACUCAAAGUCACCAGACUCCAAUCGAGUCACUGGCAUUUAUGAACUCAGCUUGUGCAAAAUGGCAGACACAGGUAGUCCAGGCAUGCAGAGGAGGAGAAGAAAAGUCUUAGAUACAUCAGUGGCAUAUGUGCGGGGAGAGGAGAACUUAGCAGGCUGGCGGCCCCGCGGAGACAGCCUUAUCCUGGAGCACCAAUGGGAGCUGGAGAAGCUGGAGCUCCUACACGAGGUGGAGAAAACCCGCCACUUCCUGCUACUGCGUGAGAGACUUGGUGACAGCAUCCCCAAAUCCCUGAGUGACUCGUUGUCCCCCAGCCUCAGCAGUGGGACCCUCAGCACCUCCACCAGUAUCUCCUCUCAGAUCUCAACCACCACCUUUGAAAGUGCUAUCACACCUAGUGAGAGCAGUGGCUACGACUCAGCAGACAUCGAAAGCCUGGUGGAUCGAGAGAAAGAGCUGGCUACCAAGUGCCUGCAACUUCUCACCCACACUUUCAACAGAGAAUUCAGCCAGGUGCAUGGCAGCAUCAGUGACUGUAAGUUGUCUGAUAUCUCUCCAAUUGGACGGGACCCCUCUGAGUCCAGUUUCAGCAGUGCUACCCUCACUCCCUCCUCCACCUGCCCCUCUCUGGUAGAGUCUAGGAGCAACUCUCUGGAUCAGAAGACCCCAGAAGCCAAUUCCCGGGCCUCUAGUCCUUGCACAGAAUUUGAACAGUUUCAGAUUGUCCCAGCUUUGGAAACGCCCUAUUUGGCCCGAGCAGGAAAAAAUGAAUUUCUCAAUCUUGUUCCAGAUAUUGAAGAAAUUAGACCAGGCUCAGUGGUCUCUAAGAAAGGAUACCUGCAUUUCAAGGAGCCACUUUCCAGCAACUGGGCUAAACAUUUCGUUGUGGUCCGCCGCCCUUACGUCUUCAUCUAUAACAGUGACAAAGACCCAGUGGAACGUGGGAUCAUUAACCUGUCCACAGCACAGGUGGAGUACAGCGAGGACCAGCAGGCCAUGCUGAAGACACCUAACACUUUUGCUGUCUGUACCAAGCACCGUGGGGUCCUUUUGCAGGCUCUCAAUGACAAAGACAUGAACGACUGGUUGUAUGCUUUCAACCCACUUCUUGCUGGCACAAUACGGUCAAAGCUCUCCCGCAGAUGCCCAAGCCAGCCGAAAUACUAAGUGACUCUGCGGAGUGCCCUCACUCGCCUUCAAGAGAAAGAAAGUGCUACGUCUCAUUUCUCUUUGUGAUUCUUUACGGUGACUCUUGUCUGUGACCUGUGGCUAACUGCUCCCCCCGUCAGGCACUUUUCUAGCCCUCCUGUUCCCCAUCUCCAUUGCUCUGUACUCUUCUUUUCUUCUGUGCUGAGAAUCUUCUUAGUAGCAUGUGACCUAACAAAAGGAAAAAAAGAUUAAAAAACACACACACACACAGAGACAUAAAAAAAACCCUGAGGGAUCUAGCGAAUCUCCAAAUUGCAUUUUGGUGUAUUUUGGCUUCCUUUUGUAUGAAAGGUCCCCAUACUGACCACCUCUGAUGUCUGUGCUGCUGUCUUUGGAUACCUUUUUCUGUUUCUCAAGACAACAUAAUGCUUUUUGUUUCUCUUCUGUUUGUGAUAUCACUUUAAUUUUUCUUGGGUGGCUUAGAGACUAAGGAGGAGAUUUCUGGCCUUUUUAGAACCUGAGAAGAAAAACUUAAUCUUUUCUUCCAUUCUGUCUCUUUUUGCCGUGGCUGAUCCCUGCAUUUCCAUUCAGGGAAAAGGUGGUGGUGAGCUUAGAAAUGGGACAAUUAUAUUCUCUGAGUCGAAAUUGGGGCUUAUUCAGAGUAUGGUUAUGGAACUUUGAUUUACUGGAAGAGAGGACUUUUCAGCAGGUCUGGGGCAGUAGCUGCUGGAGACCCUGUGAGAAGGGAAGAGCACAGAUACAGCCAGCGGAUGUCAGGGACCACAGGAUUUGGCAGUGGGCCGUGAAGGUGGCCGCCAGUCAGAUGCUCAUAGUCCUCACAGCAGGAUUUCUGAAAACGGUUUUUUCUGUGUUGGGAGGGAGGCUCUUCUUAGAAGUUCCUCAGUUCUGUUCUUGGCAUUAGUGGUAAUGGUACAGUUUGGAAUUGGUGCGAUGUCAUACACAAAUGUUCCACGAGGGGGAGUAUUUCACUUUCUGGUGAUAAACUUGACAGUCAUUCUCAUAAUUAAGACAGUGCUGAGUAGUGAUGUUGUGAUUAUUGUAGCUCCCUUUGAUCAAAGAAUUGUAGCUUUCAAUUAUAAACGUGGAAGUCUCCCUCUGAAUCAACCCAGUGGUUGUUUUCAGUGAUGCUUGUCAAAUCGAAAAUGCUUUCAAUGAUGCUUACCUUCCUGUACUCAAAAGUAAGCAAACAUGGCAGGCUUUGCUCUCUGGAUCCCAGGAUGAAAACCAACCUCCUGCCAUCACCCCAAACAAAACAAGAUCCCCAGGGGCAAGGAAAAGCGUUGCGUCUUUCGUCCUUUGCUGCAGUCUCCUCUCCAGCCAGGCCAGAAAGUUCACCCAGCAAAGGAUGGAGGAAGCCUUGCUGCUGACAGACCAGGGCCGCCUGGCUUCCGGAAACCAUCACAGAAGAUAACUCUUUCUCUUUCAGUGACCAGUAAGUUUUACAGGAUCACACAGGGAACAGAAAGCCUCCAAGUCACUUCAGUUGCUUGGCCAAUUGACUUGGGGUUGUUUUUCACCAUUCUCUCCUUCCUUUGCUCAGACCCCUCUAUUUCAUCUUCGCUCGGGCUCUCAUGAAAGUAUCUGCUCACCCCCACUUUGUGAGGCCUUGAGGGUUCUUGGCCCUGAGGUUGCUGCUGGCUCUCAGGUGACCGGCAGCGGCUCACUUUCCACUCACGCAGUGAGGCAGGGAGGGCCAGGGGCUCGUGCCCCUCUGCAGAGUCGUUGCCGGGGAGACAUGCUGGCACCCAGACCCUUGUUUCUGGCUUCCUGGCUAGGGUCCUCUCUGAAGAACCAGUCUCCGGUCUUGCCCAUUAGAGCUGCCUUGCAAAGAGGAGGCAAAACAAGUCAUGGAGAGCUGAACAAAGGAAGGGGUCGAAAUCACAGACUGUGUCCUCGGCUGCAAAGGGAUCAAGAAAACUCUGUGGUGGAUUUUUUUAAACUCUCUCCCUGACUCUAAUGUUAUUUGUUUUCUAAGUGGUAUGUGAGCCGUUUAAUGUAGGUGGACAUUUCCUCAUCGUCUAAUGGACACACUAUGCCCUUCUAGUGUACGUUCAAAUCCAGCAGGAUCUGUCGGCGCUUUGAGAUGGCUUGCUGGACUGGAGUUAAAUCUAAUUUCAGGGAAAUGAAGAUGGAAUUUGAAGGUCAUUUCAAAAUGAAAUCACUGAUGUUGCUGCUGUUAUGAAGUGUGACAGAGGACCCAUGUCUGUGACCGGGCGGGGAAGAAGCCUGAGGGAGAGUGAGAUCACACGAUAUACUGAAAUGACUUUUGUUUUUCUUCUAACACAAACACAACUGGUUUGGAAAGUCUUUGCUUUGGAAGUGCCGGACAUGAGAACGAGCCACCGUGGACUGUGUGGUCAUUACGUGCCAGGAUAAGGCCUUGUUAGGAAGCACGAGGAAGCAGGUCGUGUCCUCAGGGGGGCUCCGGCGGGCGUCUGCCCUGACUGAGGAGCCUCUGCGGUGGCUGCAGGGCAGAGAGCCCUGUCGGUUCCCCAGCACUUUGGGGAUGGAUGUUCCCUUUCCGACAGGGCCGUCCCCACUUUGAAGCUCUAAGAGAGGAUUUGUGGCAGGAACUAUUUAUGAGGCUGCUGUAGCUAUAGUGGUGGGAAAGGUAAGGAAUCGUUAAGGAAACCACCUUUUAAGGUGGCUUUUUAUUUAUUUUUCUCAAAGCACUCCUUUAAACAAAGAAUGAAAAAGACAAGAAAAAAAAACAUUCACAAAUGAAGAGAAAUGAGUGCUGAUUAAAGCUAAUUAUCUUCUCCUUCCCUCAUCCCUCAUCUGCCUUUCUCCUGCCAAAGCAGAACGCAGCCCCGCAGCCAGCCAGUGCUCGCGCGCCUGUCCGUGUGCCGCCGGGAGCCGGGCAGCUCUCGGCCACCUGUGCGGGUCUGCCAGCCCGCGCACCUGCCCACGAGCACAGGGCCACGAGCUGCAGCACGUUGUUCAAGCGUGGUGAAGGCAAGAGAGAAUGCAAUGAGUUUCCCAAACUAAGAAACCACUAUUAUUUGAGAUAUUUUUCCCUUCAGGUACAUAGAAUUUACAUAACUACUCUUAUUUUUGAUGAAUUUUUCAGCCUGUUUAAGAUGAAAAAAUAAAUCAUUGUGAAGGUCUUUGGGGACUAAGAACAAGAUGACUUUUCCUGGCACAUAUUUCAAAGCAAAGACUUUGUUUCCUGCUGCUUGUCUAAUUUACAGGGAUAUUUAAUUGUGUAAGGUUAUGUAUAUAGCUGCACUGAACUGCGCAGUGGGCCGGAAGAGGAAGCGCGCUCUCGUGGCUGGCGCCUGUCGGUACUCCUGCAUGUCCCGGGCUGCGUUCCACUCGGGUUCUGAUGGACAGGAUCGGGGCUUCUCUGUUUGACUUGGGUCCUUGAGUUUUCCUUUUGGUUCCCGUUUGAAAAUGUGAUUAUUAACCUGCUUCUUAAAAAGAAAAGACUAAUUCUGCUGCUCUUGGAAGGUUUGCUGAAUGUGUUUAGGUAGGACUCUUAACUCGUGUGCACUACGGCUGUCCACACGCCUGCUGAUACACCCAAGCGUGUGGGCCAGACCAUGACUGUAUGUAGCAGGAAGGUAUUAAUCAGUGCAUCCUUAAUAACUGAAAUAUCAGCUGAGAGAUUAUUUGCUGUUGUUCAAAAGGCCAUUUAUGAAAUUAGUAUUUGAGCCCCUUGAAAUCUUAAAGCCUCCAAUUAUUUAAAGGAAGAAAUUAGAGUUGAUACAAAAUUCAUGUUAAAAACUCACAGCCAAAGGGCUGUGCUCAGAUGGAAAGUCUGAGCUGCGAUUGGUCUCUUGCCAAACCCUGGCUGUUGUGUGUUGUUUUUCAUGUCUUCAAGUUAAUUUUUUUCAUGCUGCGUGUUUUGGCAUCAGUUCACCUGAGGAAUCCAUUGGCCUUCUGGUAUUUAAGGCAUUGUCUUAGACUUUGUGGCUCUAAAGUACUUGUCUGUUGAGAUUUCAAGUCUCUUGUCACCAUCCUUGCACACUACAACAAAACCCAUGAUGCAUAAGUGGCCUUUUUGAACCAAGACUUUGCAAACUGAUCUCUCCCCAGUGAAGGAGUUGAGUACAUUAGCAACAAUGUACAUUAUUAAUUUUGGAUUUUCAUUUUCAUGUUUUAUUUUGUAAAUACUAUCUGAUGUUUGGAGCUUGAGUAUACAGAAUGUAAAUAUAGUUCUUGUAUUUGUACUAAUUCUGAUUCUUUUGCUGUAUAGCCUUAGAUGUGCAAUGCAGACAUUAUCUAACUGUGUAUGGUAACCUUGCAUCACGGAACUAUUAGUGAACGAGGUAAAAAUAAUAAAGGUACAACCAGUGCAUCAGAA